AAGAGUACCAGUGAAUCAGUGAAGAAUAAUACAAAUACGUGAUAAAAACCUAGUGCAACCGUGUGAGUUGAAGAAACGAGUGUUUUAAGUUGUUUUCAGAUAGUAAAAAGAAAUCAACGAAAAAGCAAAGGAAAGUAAAACAAACGAAUAAGUGAUUAACGAAAAAAAAAGAACGGGGCAGAAAAAUCCCAAAACAAACCGUUCCUUCCCGAUUAUCGGCCCUAAAAAAGUACCCAACGUCAUGUACCCGUACUACGAGAGCGACUGGAGCAUUCUACCGCCCGAAAACAACAGAAGAUACAGCCCGGGACUGACGAUAAACAACAUCAAACAGGUGAUCAAUGAAACAAUCGAGACCAACAUCCUACGCAAACCCGCCCCGACGCGGCUCCGUGACCUGAUCCGACAGAUACGGGCCUGCCGGACGGCAGCGGAGGAGCGGGCCGUGGUCAACACAGAAUGUGCCUACAUCCGGAGCACCUUCCGCGAGACGGACUGCAUCUGGAAGUGCCGCAACAUGGCCAAGCUGCUGUACAUCCACAUGCUCGGCUAUCCGGCCCACUUCGGGCAGGUCGAGUGCCUCAAGCUGGCCGCCAGCCCGAAGUACACCGACAAGCGGAUAGGCUACCUGGGCGCGAUGCUGCUGCUGGACGAACGGGCCGACGUGCACGUGCUGCUUACGAACUGCCUUAAAAACGAUCUCAACAGCUCGACGCAAUUCAUCGUCGGAACGGCGCUGUGCACGCUGGCCGCCAUCGCGUCCCCGGAGAUGGCGCGCGACCUCUGCAACGACGUCGAGCGGCUGAUCGUCUCGACCAACGCGUUCCUGCGCAAGAAAGCGAUCCUCUGUGCCUUCCGGUUCGUGCGCCGGGUCCCGGAGCUGAUGGAGGACUAUCUGCCCAAGUGCGAGGUGUUCCUGGCGGACAAGAACCACGGCAUCCUGAUCGCCACCAUCACGCUCAUCACGGAGAUGUGCGAGCAGAGUGGGCCGGUGCUGCGCUACUUCAAGUCCAUCAUCCCGACGCUGGUGCGCAUGCUCAAGUCGCUCACGGUGACGGGCUACUCGCCGGAGCAUCUGGUCAGCGGCGUCAGCGAUCCGUUCCUGCAGGUGAAGAUCCUUCGGCUGCUGCGCGUGCUCGGCCGCGGUGAUCCGGCCCAGUCGGAGAUCAUGAACGACGUGCUGGCGCAGGUGGCAACCAACACCGAGACGAGCAAGAACGCCGGCAACGCGAUCCUCUACGAGACGGUGCUGACGAUCAUGAACGUCGAGUCGGAGAACAGCCUGCGCGUGCUGGCGGUCAACAUUCUCGGGCGGUUUCUGCUGAACAACGACAAGAACAUUCGGUUCAUCGGGCUGCUGACGCUGGUGAAGACCGUCCACAAGGACAUGACGGCGGUCCAGCGCCACCGCAUCACCAUCCUCGAGUGCCUUUCCGAUGCGGACCCAUCGAUCCAACGCUGCGCUAUGGAGCUCUCCUUUACGCUCAUCAACACGCAGAACAUCGAGAUGGUGGUGCGCGAGCUGCUGCGCUACCUCGAAUCGACCGACGCCGAGAUGAAGGCAGUCUGUAGCAGCAAGAUUGUGCUGGCCGCCGAAACCUACUCCCCGUCGAUCCAUUGGCAUCUGGAUGUGCUGCUAAAGAUCCUCACGAUCGCUGGAAACCACAUCCGGGACGACGUCAUCUCGUCCACCAUACAGCUCAUCUCGAACAGUCCCGUGCACGAGCAACGCUUCAUCACCGGCAAGAUGUGGCAGGCCAUUACCAACAUGAACCAGCUCGAGAACCGGCAACCGCUCGUUCAGGUCGCCGUCUGGACGAUAGGCGAGUACGCCGAAUCGGGCGGUUUCGAUGAGUUUGAACUCAUCGAACACUACCGCCAGCUGCUGUGGGCCCCGCAACUUUCAAUUAGCACUAAACAGUACAUUUUGGUGUCAUUGGCCAAAAUAAGCGUCCGGAUAGAUGGAUGCACACCAGAAAUACAAAACAUCAUCAACUCGUUCCGGGUGCAUCUGAACAUCGAUCUGCAACAGCGAGCGAACGAGUUCUCGCAGCUGUUCGGUGACCACAAGCACCUAAGGACGUCACUACUGGAAAAGAUGCCAAAGCUGAAACUAUCCGAGCUGACAGCAUCCGAAUACAAUGCAGACUUUACCGCCGAGGAGUCAUCGGACACAGAGCAACAGCAGCAGCAGCAGCAGCAACAAGAUGUUCCGGUCCCUCCAGCGGAACCAUCGAAUCAAGAUAUCCUUUUGGACCUUCUUGGCGAUUGCUUCACCAGUGAUGGGAAUGGCAAUAAUGCCCUCGCCAUCGUGCCCGUCCCGCAAGCGACACAAUCCCAACCGUACUAUCCUACAACGAGCUUUAAUCGAAACGGACCAACCACAAACAACAAUGGACCCGGAGCGACGGGGUCUGGCGAUAUCCUGAACCUUCUUGGACUGACCGCACAAACGAACGCGCUGACAAUCUAUCAACCACCGAUACCUAUGCCCGCGAUCCCUUCGAUGGACGUGUACCAGAAGGACGACAUUCAUAUCCGCUUUUUCAUCCAUCCGAGCGGUGCUGCGCCCUUCGAGCAGCCCACGAUGAGCCCCGCACCCGCCCGCAUCACCGUUCAAACGACCAACGGGUCGCACAAUACGGUCGAAAAGUUCCUCUUUCAGGCGGCGGUACCCAAGUCCUUUGCGCUGACUCUCCGCGAACCGUCCGGUUCCGUGAUGCCACCGGGUGGUACGAUCAUGCAGGAUCUGCUGAUCGUACGGCACAACACGGGCGGGGCGCCAUCCGCCGCCAGCGGGUUGCGCAUGAAGGUGCGCUUUUCGUACGAGGUCGAAAAUUACUCCAUGGUGGAGCAGAUUGACGUGAACGAUUUUCCGAACGAUUUCCUUCGCUAGCAUUCGGCUGACGGGCGGGCCGGAGAGGUAGUACGUGGGUGAUCGACGUGUCGGGCAGCCUAAGGUGGGACGAACGACGCGCUAGUAAAAAUCAAGAAAUAAAAUAAAAUCUUAUCGUUGAAGGCUGUAUUUCUAUUCGGGCACGGAACACACAGAGUUAAUCGAAUACGACGAAUGUAUCGUUUCAAGCCCUCGCACACUAUUCUUAUGUAGGAAAAUUCUAAAUCCUUAAAUCGAAGAGAAAACCUACCGAAGGU